AUGUUUAAUCUGCGGGUUCUCUGCCGAGAUCAGCCUCAGCGGACAAUCGCACUGGUGACGUCUGAUCAUGUCUUGAUCUUCCAUUAUAGUGCGACGGAUGCCAGAUCCGUGUCGACUCCACGAUGCCAGGUGGAAUUUUUGGACGUCGCAUCCGCAGAUCUCGGGGCCUAUCGGCCUUUGGGUGCUGGCCAUGGUACUCUGGGCUUGGUGACGCUAAACGAAGACCUGUUUGUCUGUGUGGUUACCACGUCAUCUCAAGCUGCUACUGUAAGACCUGGGGAAGUCGUGUCUAGGAUUGAUUCUGUAGAUUUCUACUGCCUCAACCGUUCGGAGUAUGAAUAUGGUCUUGACUAUGAAUCCGGGACCCAAUUUGCCGCUGAGGAACGGACCGGCCAAGAUGGCCGGGAUGUAGUGACAGAUCACCCUUUUCUGGCCCUCAAAAAGCUUCUCGGGGAUGGCAGUUUUUACUACAGUCUCGACUUCAACCUCACGGAUCGUUUGCAAGAUCGCUCGGAUAAAUCGGCAGCAUUUGAUAUUGAUUCUCUGGAUGAAGAUAUGCUUUGGAAUUCAUACAUGAUCAAUCCACUUCUCCUGUUUCGGAGUCACUUGCCACCUGCAGAUAAGGCCAAGUUGGAUUCCUCUCAAUUGUUGACAUGUGUCAUCCGGGGAUACGCCGGUACUCUGAAGAUUCCUGCCACGGUCUCGAUUUUGCCCAAGGUGCGGACAAAUUUUCCAUCCCUUCUAACCAUUGUUUCACGACAGUCCUCCCGGCGUGCAGGCACGAGAUUUAACUCGCGAGGGAUUGAUGAUGAUGGCAACGUGGCCAACUUUGUCGAGACGGAGUUGAUACUCUGGGUCUCGCCAGGCAUUACCUUCUCGUAUGUCCAGCUUCGAGGCUCGGUGCCAAUAUUCUGGGAGCAAACACCGGGUUUGAUUCCGGGACAGCAGAAAAUCGAGAUAACACGUUCAAGUGAGGCAACACAACAUGCCUUCAAUCAGCAUUUUGAAACCCUUGAACUAGAGUAUGGAGCCACUCAUGUGGUGAAUCUUUUAAGCGAACUCAGAUCUGGAGAAGCGGAGCUGUCAAAGAAGUAUCGCCAACACGUUGACCGUAGUUCCCUGAGAAAAAAGGAAGACCCUGGACACCAUAGCCUUCUACGGCUGACUGAAUACGACUUUUUGGCUGAAACCCGUGGUCCAGCUGGUUAUGAAGCGAGCAAUGAAAUCAAGUAUGAGUUGGCUGGUUCUCUGGAUGGCUUUGCCUAUUUUCUGUCCGAAGAUUCCACGCGCCCUCCUACAUCACUUUCCGAAAGAGAUGACGUUUCCAGCGCCUCCUCGGUCAUUUUACAGCAGGAGGGGGUUUUCCGAACCAAUUGCCUGGACUGUCUGGAUCGCACGAACUUAGUCCAGACAAUUAUCAGCUCAAUGGCAUUAGAAUCAUUUCUAGGACACCAGGAUGGAAGAUUUGGCUCAGAUAUGCAAAUGCGUCACUCGACCCUCUGGGCUGACAAUGGCGAUGCACUCUCUAAAAUUUAUGCUGGUACCGGGGCCCUGAAGUCGUCCUUCACUCGCCAUGGCAAAAUGUCGCUUGCUGGCGCCCUGGCUGAUGCCCGAAAAAGUGCCACUCGGCUUUAUGUCAAUAACUUUACUGACAAGGCUAGACAGAGGACAAUUGACCUUCUACUGGGUCGAUUAGCCAAUCAAAAGCCAGUUCAUCUCUUUGAUCCUAUGAACGAUUUGGUUACUGAAGAACUCAAUCGUCGUGCUUCUGAAUACUCUUCCAAGAAACACGUCCGUCUUUGGGUGGGCACAUUUAACGUGAACGGUCGUGACGAAGGCCCAGGAACCGAUCUUACGCCUUGGCUUUUCCCUGAAGCAGAUCAAUCGAAUGAAGAUCCGAUUUUCUUUGCCGUUGCAUUUCAAGAGAUUGUUGCCCUCAGUCCUCAGCAGAUCAUGUCAACUGAUCCGAGCACCCGCAAGGUUUGGCAAAGAGCCGUUCAGGAUUGUUUAAACAGACACACAAAGGCAAAGGGCACUGGUAAAUAUGUGCUGUUAAGAACUGGUCAACUUGUGGGCGCCGCGUUGAUGAUCUUUGUCAAAUCGGAUUCUCUAAAAGACAUCAAGAAUGUCGAAGGUGCUGUUAAAAAAGCAAGUCCUCGCGCCCCUUGCCCUGACGGGACUUUCGGGGAUUGCCGUAUAUGUUUGGUGACGGCCCAUUUGGCUGCCGGUUUUGCGAACUACGACGAGCGAAACCGAGACUACGAAACAAUUGACCGAGGCUUAAGAUUCCAAAAAAGCCGAACGAUUGCAGACCAUGAUACGGUAAUCUGGCUUGGGGAUUUCAAUUACCGUAUUGGGCUAGGAAAUCAGAUCGUGAGGGAUCUUCUGGCGCAGCGUGAUUACCAGAGACUUUAUGAAAACGAUCAGUUAAAUCUCCAAAUGACUGCCGGGAGAGCCUUUCAAUUCUAUUCGGAGGGGCCCAUUGGAUUUGCCCCGACGUACAAAUAUGAUAUUGGGACUGAGAACUAUGACACCUCCGACAAGGCCCGUAUCCCUGCAUGGUGUGAUCGAGUGCUGUGGAGAGGAUCUAAUCUGCGUCAGACCCAGUAUCAAGUGGCUAAUCUCCUUGUGUCGGAUCAUCGCCCCGUGUGGGCCACCUUUGAUGGAGUAAUCGACGUAGUUGAUCAUGGACUCAAAGAUGACUUGCGGCGUAUGCUUUAUGAAGAAAAACAGCGAGAUGCUCUCUCUGAUUCUAUUCAUCUUCUGGAUUUGGAUGAGGAUGAUAGUCCCCCGCAGGGACCUAUUGCACCUGGCUUACCACCUGCGAGUUCUGAUCGAAGCAGGUGGUGGUUGGACAACGGUGCACCGGGAAAGGCCACAAUCCAACCGCCCGGGGAGGGACUUGUUGCAAACUUCCAACGCAGAUCCAAUCCCUUCUCCAUAGACUCCGAACCUGACUGGGUGCCAACCUCGGGAUUGACAAGAAAGAGUACCAUCGACAGGAAGCCUGCACCUGCACCGCCUCCACGACGUGGGAGAACCUUGAACGAACAGAGUUCCACCACGCCCAUAGAUGCGGAUAAAGUGCGCCCGGUUGUCCCUCGAAAGCCUAUCUCACUCGCCUCUCAGUCAUCAUUACACACCCCGAGGUCUGACGAACAAUCCCACGCCAUCUCGUCCCCGGUUAAUUCCGAUCAAAGUCGGUUAUUCCCUGCGAAGACAGGCGGCAUAAGUUCUCCCGAUCUUCUUGGUGACCCUACGGAUGAAAAGAUUGAGUGGAAACCACUCCUUCCUCAGUGA